CUAUCUAUCUAUCUAUCUAUCUAUCUAUCUAUCUAUCUAUCUAUCUAUCUAUCUAUCUAUCUAUCUAUCUAUCUAUCUAUCUAUCUAUCUAUCUAUCUAUCUAUCUAUCUAUCUAUCUAUCUAUCGUUGUAUGUUUACCUAGGCAGCCAGAAAAUCCACUCAUUUAAAAAGAAGCACCCUUUGUUUGAGCUUUUAAAGAAUAGAUGUCUCGAAAGCCUUUUUCAAAGCCAUUAUCGCACUUUAGACAUCAUCAUUUUAGACGCCUUUUUUAUCGUUUGGUCCAUUUUGCGCGAACCCGAUGUAUAUGUGUUUCAGUCAUUAUUCCUUCUCUCCUUGUUCUCUUUUUUUUAAUUCAUUCCUACAGUUUUUAGCCACUCUUGCAUCGUCCUUUUCCAACUCCGUUUGGCUGUUUAGCGUUCCUCAAGGGCUGUGGAUUGUUGGGAGUUAUGCUUUCUCAGUACACACACAGUCUAGAGAUACUAGGACCGACGUGGAGGACUUAUGGAGCUAACAUGGUCGAUGUCACUUGGAUAACAGGCGCGUUUUUAUCCUUGAUGGUGGCGUACCUUAUAAGGGAAUGGAGGACUCUUCUUUGGGUGUCUUCACUGGCGUGCCUCGGGCUUUUCCCGUUUUACAGAGUCAUCCCCAGGUCCCCUCGAUGGCUUGUCGCUAAUGGUCUACUGGAUGAAGCACUUGAGAUCCUUAUGAAAUUUGGCGGGAAGAAAAACAAGGCUUUGAAGCCUGUGAAAUUGCGGGCCUUACUCGAGGAAGUGCGGGCUUGUCAGGUCGCUAAGGAAGUGAAAGAAAGGCAUGCGCCAUUGGAUCUAUACCGAACGCCCAAGAUGCGAAAAUGGACUGCUAUUCUGACUUACAAUUGGUUCGUCACCAAUCUUCUGACCCAAGCAUUUUACUUUUCCAUCACUUCUCUUGCUGGCAACAUGUACCUGGAACUCCGCCCUCAUGAUGUCUGUGGGAUAUCCACUUAUUCCCUUAGCGUGGUUCUUGCAGUUAGGUGA